UGUGUGAAAGGGGACAACCGGGGAGAGCGGGGCGGUUAACCGGGGCUUUUAAACAGUAGUUUUGAGGCGGCCUGUUGGAGAAAUCCCCGCGGCGUCACUGUUACAAGUAGAGAGGCUAGACUUGGGACACGGCCCUGGGCCUUGUGCGGCAGGAGGACUGAGGGCAGCCGAGCUCCGAGCUCCCCUCCCCCGUAGUUUUCUGAGGACCCGCCGAGGCCUCGCGCGUGUCCAUGGAAGGAGGGGACCGUCUCCUUGUCCAGGGGCCUCAUCCUCUCCGCCAUGUCCAGCGGCUUUGAGCUGCAGCCGCAGGACGGCGGCCCCCCGGUGGUCCUGGCGUCCGGGGAGACGGUGAUCGGCCGCGGGCCGCUGCUGGGAAUAACAGACAGGAGGGUGUCCAGAAGACAUGCCAUUCUUGAGGUAGUUGGUGGUAAGCUUCGAAUCAAACCGAUACACACAAAUCCAUGUUUUUAUCAGUCUUCUGAGAAGAGCCAGCUCUUACCACUGAAGAAAAAUCUAUGGCGCUGGUUGAAUCCUGGAGACAGUUUUUCAUUGUUAGUCGACAAAUACGUUUUCCGUGUUUUAUCUACAGACUCUGAAAUGGAAAUGGAAUGUACUCUAAGAAAUAGUCAAAUGCUUGAUGAAGAUGAUAAAUUGAAUGAAACACCAAAAUAUUCCUCAGUUAAUUUGCCUGAUGAGACAACUGGUGCCCAACAGCUGGAAAGAGGCGAGGAAAUAGCUAAGACUCAGGACACUGCUGCCAAUGGCGUGUCUUUCCUAGGUGAAUGUGAAGAUUUCAGUAAGCAGCAGUCAAACCCUGCUGAGAGGAAAAGAAUCCUUCCGGCAUGGAUGUUAACAGAAAAUCUAAGGGAUCAAAACCUUUCAGCACCAGUCAGUGGAGAUGAUAAUGUAAUCCAGGGAAGUGGAAAAGAAGGAGUCUGCAAAGAUAAAAGCCAAGUAAACAUAACACAACAAGGAAGAAAGCGAUUAAUUCCAUCAGGAAGUUCAGAAAGUACAUCAGCAGAGCAAGACACAGGAAAAAAGUGCAAAAAUGCUGAUCAGGAAGAGUCUAUCAUUUCAUCCAAGGAAGUGCCACAAUCAUUUUCUACAACCACAUUAAGUGACACAGAGGAAAAUAAUAUGAAGACUAAUAUACAGAGAAACAAAAUGCCAGUAGAAGAACUUGGUAAGAUUUCUGAACAUAAAACCAUCACUAAAGGAACACCAAAUAAGGAAGACAAGGCGGGGAGCUGUUCUGAGAGUUGUUUGAGUGCUGAGGAGAAGUCCUUCAACAAUGAGUCCCAAGGCUCUCAUCCUGUGUCCAGCUCUGAUCCCUCCAAUCCUGAAACACUGCAUGCAAAGGCAACUGAUUCAGUUCCACAAGGUUCUGAAGAAAACAAGGUCAAAAGGACACCCUGCAUGUAUGGGGCAAACUGUUACAGGAAGAAUCCUGUCCAUUUUCAACACUUCAGCCACCCUGAUGAUAGUGAUUAUGGAUGUGUACCAGUCAUGUGUCAAGAUGAGGUAGAUGACAGGCCUGAAUGUCCAUAUGGAGCAUCUUGUUAUAGGAAGAAUCCCCAGCACAAGAUAGAAUAUAGACAUAGUACACUUCCAGAAGGAAGCAUUUCAGAUGAAGACAGUGAAAAUGUUGGACAACCCAAUGAAUAUAACUUGAAUGACAGCUUUCUAGAUGAUGAGGAAGAAGAUGAGCCAACAGCUGAAGAUUCUGACUGGGAACCAGGAGAGGAAGACCAAGAGAAAGAAGAUAUGGAAGAGCUUUUGAAAGAAGCAAAGAAGUUUAUGAAAAGAAAAAAGUAGCUCUUUUCUGCAAUACUGUGUGGCUCACGUUUACUCUUUUUUUAUGGGAAAAAUUCAGGAACUAAGGAAGCACUUAAGCAAUAAUUAUUUUCCUUCUUUUUAUAGUUAGGACUUUACUAUUGACUCUUUGCAAAUGAAAUCUUAUAAUGUCAACUUUCAGAUAUAGUCGAUGGAAUUUGUCCUGUUGCUUUGCAUUUUCUACACUGUUUAAAGGAUCUUGGAGCAGGAAACAGAGAGUUAAAGAUAAAUAAUUGAUAUUUUCAUGUACUUUGUGUGCUGGUAAUAAAAAGUUAAAGCCAUAUAUCGCACAAAA